AUUGCUGAACUUAGAAAGAAGUAUACUAAGGUUGAAGCUAAAAAGGCUGAACUUGAAGUUAAAAAUACUGAGCUUUUAAAACAGAUUAUGGAAGAAAACAGCAAAUAUGAAGCUAAUUAUACAAAACUUAAAGAAAAUACUACUAAUCUCAAGACCAAAAACACUAAGCUUAAAGCUGAAGUAGUGAAAUUAAGAAAUAAUAUCGAAGAAAUCAAAUAG